AGCAGCAGCAGCAGCCUUUAAACCUGAACUUGUAUGGAUUUAUUUUAUUUAUGCGUGUAACAGCGUUUUCUGGACGUUUUCUGCAUAAAACCUCUCAGAGAUGUUUUGGUUCCAGCAAGGAUUGUGCUUUUUACCAGCGUUUCUGGUCGUCUGGUCAUCCAGCACUUUUAUUGUUUCCUACCUUAUUGCGCUUUUCAGAAAAGAUGUCGAUGUGAUCUUCCCCUACAUAAGUGAUACAGCUGCAAACCCCCCAGAGAGCUGCAUUUUUGGCUUGAUGACUAUCGUUUCUGCAUUUGCAGGAACAGCCACCAUCUAUGCCAGGUACAAGUAUGUUGAGAAGCUGACUGGGGAAACAAGAGUUAUUCGUCCAUGUCUGAAUAAAUUUGUUCUUGUGUUGGGGUUGUUGUCCUGUUUGGGCAUGUGCAUCGUGGCUACUUUCCAGGAAACAAUACUGCAAGCUGUUCAUGAUACCGGAGCGCUGCUGUUCUUCAUCACUGGUGUCUUAUACAUCAUCUUCCAGUCUUAUAUAUCUUAUCGUGCCUAUCCAUAUGGGUCCUCCCUGACUGUGUGUCGAUCUCGUUUGAGUAUCGCCGUCCUCGCGGCUGUGGCAAUUUUUCCCACUGUGAUCUGUGCGUUUUUUGUGACACAAAGCACGCUGCACAGAGACAAAUACGAUGAGGACUAUCCCUACCAUGUAGCCAGCGCCGUGUGUGAGUGGAUCGUUGCCUUCAGCUUUGUCUGCUUCUUCCUCACUUACAUCCACGAUUUCAAAACGUUUACCUUACGAGUGAAAACGGAUUAUGAAGAGUAGCCCGGAUCAAUCUGCAAAAAUCAUGGUAGAAAAAUCAUUAUCAUCGGUGAAAAAAAUGUGCCUCAAUGGUUUUGGGAAAUGUUUGCACUAUUAUACAUCAUCAACCGCACAGCUUUUCGUAGAUUAUGUGUUUCGAAUCACCUGAUUGAUUUUUUUUUUAGUACAAUAGGUACCUUUUAUGUUAUUUAUACAUUUUGUACAACAGGCUGUCUGUCAGGUGUGUCAUUAUAGAGAAAAAAAGACAACUGACCACAGCCUUUAUACUUUUUCAUCCUCAUUAUACUUUUUUUAAUAUACAGUUACAGAUGAUUUCAUAUCCACAUAUUGCUGUAUGUGUUCAAACGUCACUUUGCACUUUGCACCCGGUUGUUGCCACAGCAGCGUGACACAUGAGACCUGUGACCACUAUAAAGAGAAGUUCAUCACACAGUUAACACAUGAUCACUGUGCAAGUGGUUAAAUGAGAAAACCAAACUAAUGAUGCUUUUAUCUGUGGGGAUUUAGCAGUCUGAUCUGUUUUCUUAGAAACUGUAAACUGAGAUGUCACACUGAUACUGUGUGAAGGUGCUUAUUAAUUCUUAAAUGUUGGGAUUAUUGUUCAAAAGCUGCCAGUUUCUUACCAGAGUUUGUAUUAUUUUUGUAGCAUCUUACAAUUGUGCCCUCUUUGAAGCAUUAUGUGACAAAAUAUUAGGGAGAAAAAACAUCUUAAAUCUUGAAAUACUCCAAUCAAGAGUUCUGGUUCUGAAUCAGGGCACAGACUCUUGUUCUACAGUGCAGCUAUGAAUGUAAUCUUGCAUGUGUCUACAGCCUUUAGACGUCUCAUUCAACAGGUAUUUGGCCAAUUAGUAGAAUGACUCAAGCUGUCGGAGUUUGUUCAGUAAAACUGCCAAAUGUAAUAUUUGUCUUUAGUAAAAUAGAUAGGGCUUUUUUCACUUCUCACCCCUGGAAGUCCAAUUGAAAUCCCAUUUAAUCAUCCCUAUUUGGAGUCAGAAACAAUGUCAGCAUGUUUUUUAAAUGUAUUGUUAAUAUUUUCGUAUUAUUAUUAUAUGAAGAAAGGAAGUGUCUGAGGUUUGUUUGGUGACAUUAGCUGAUAUGCUUCGGGUGCUACACAGCAAAGAACUGUCUCCACAAACAUACAAAGAUUUCUAUAUAUCCACACAGACCUGAGAGUAUGUUUUAUAAAGUGUAUUUACAUGCAACUAACAAGUCAGUGCUGUGGCUACAAGUCAUUGACAGACUGCAUGCCAGUAACAAGGAAUGUUAGAUGAGCAAUGACCAAACUAGCAUUUAAAGGGUCUGAAGUGACAUUUUCAUGUGUGUUUACAGCUGUUUAAUGUUUAAUGUGUUAUUAGCUACCUAUCCUUCUAGCUGAUAUUAGAGGUAAACUUUUAUCUGUUUGUUUGGUGGCUCCAUCAUCAAGUUAAAGUGCAAGACAAGACGUGUGCUGAUGUUUGUAAGUGAGAUAAGAAAUAGACUUUAGCAGGAAAACUAUUAUGGGUUGUUGCUGGCUCAGUGUGACCGUCUGCUCUGCCUAUGAUAGAACUAUAUACGUUUAUGCUGUGAUUUGCUGUAUCAAGAUAAGGUUUUCAGCUCUGUAAGAAGAUGGUGGAAUGAUAUUUUAUCAAAAUUAUAUAAAAGGGACACAAUCAUGAAAUCGAGGAAUUUAAAAUAUAAUUUUAUCUUUUGGUUUCUGAUUUUUUUAAAAAGGAGAACAGAGGACAUGUGACUCACAGAGCAGACAUGCUGUAGUAGACAAAAAAAGGCAUUAUUACUUUCAGUUUGACUUAAAAACUAAUUAUUGCCUACUUCUGACCCCUCACCACAGGUUAUGGCUUUAGUAUGGAUGUGCAUUUUAAGAAGUCAAUCCAAGUAGUGACUUCUCCUUCUCAAAUUGUGUAAUACAAUGAAUUCUCAAAGAAGAAAAAACAAA